GGAGCAAUUAGCAUUUCGCACAUACACAGGCCUAUCCACACACAUAUAUAUAUACACACACACACACACACAUAUAUAUAUAUAUAUAUAUAUAUAUAUAUAUUAUACAUACACGUGCACACACACACACACACACACAUAUUGAUAUAUACAUACCUACAUACAUUUAUUUAUUUACUCUUUGUUUUUCCAUUAUAAUCCUGUUGUUAAGAGUUUCUUGCCAGGACCAAAUUCCCAAAUGAAGAGGAAUUCUUAAUUUUGUGGGGUGGUGGAUUCUCCGAGAAAAUGAAAAUCUCUCCAAUUAAUUGUUUACUUCUGGAUCAUUUCUUGGAUUUUACUUCAACUGGUUCCAAAUGAGGUCCAAACCUCCUGAUAAACUGUACCCUGCCAUUCUGGAAUGAAAAAGGUGACCCUUGACAUUUAUGCUGUGUUGUUCAGGAUCCUUUCUUGAAAAAAGUAUGCAUGCUGUACAAUCACAUUACUAUGAUAUUACACACACAUACAAACACACAAACACACAAAUGCACAAACACACAUACACACAAACACACAAACAUACAUAUACAAACACACAUAUUCUUGGUAGUCUUCAGAAUUCCUUUAUUUUGGUCAAAUGUUAAACAAAGUCCAAGACUAGAAUAAUUUAACCACUUUUUACUUCCACUUUCAUUUUGCCUUUUAUAGUCCAACUCCUUACGAAAUACACCCUGCCUAUAUUUUUCAAAUAAUUGUAUAAUUUGUAAGUAUUUCAUUAAAACGAUAAAACCUUUUUUCUUCUCCACAACAAAAAAAUCCCACAAAAUGGUUUUAUUAAAAUAUGGAUUAUUUAAAAUGCAAUGGUUACUUUGUACCAUGGAAGCAGAUGUGGUUGGAAUCAAAAGAGUAGGCUUUCCAGUUUAAGGCCUGGAUGAACACCAUGCAAAUGCAUUCCUUGUUUUCUGAAAAUUUAAUUGAAAAACAAAAAUCUCUUAUCAAAAAACUGUUAAAGGUUAUUCUUCUGUUGACCUCCAAGACUUUUAUUUUAGAUUUAUUCAAUUAACUUGUUGUAAUGUAGCUUACAACGUUACAGUCAAGUGUUUGAUAAAGAAUUUUAUUGAAUAGUAACUAUAUUCUUUAGUCUGUAGUCCCCUGAUGCUACUUGUAUAUGUCUUGGCGGUAAUGGAUAGGAGCUGAAUGCUUAACUCAGAGUCAGCCAACUUCAAAACAUUCCUUCACCCAUACACGUAAGCACCAGUUUGCAGAGAAAUUUUCCUCUCAUAAUAAUCAAAUGACCACAGGAAAUCUAAAAGAAGAUUCAACAGUUUGUACAACCAAAGCCAUCUUUCAUUCCAACUGACCCAUUCCAACACUUACAUUGACAUAUGUUUAAAGUUGUCAGAUACGACAAUCCGUCCAUCACCCAAACUCUAGAACUGGUGACCUUACAACUGGGCAGUGUCCUCUCCACGUCUUUUCUUCUUCUUCUACUACUACAAUGGUUUCUGCUCUGAACUUGUUGAUCUUUAUAUCAUCCUCACACAAACCAUUUUAAUUCAUUCAUCCUUCCUCCAAUAAUCCUUGCUACUAUCAUUAUACACCAUUAGACCUUCGAUUAAAUACAUUCUACCAGUUAUUCUCCCUCCGAUUAUGAUGCCACCUUCUGCAAUGCCAUUUCACUGUUGAUGUUUUCCCAUCAACCAUUAACCUCCAACAAUUAAAAUGAAAAAUUUAAAUCUGAUACCUUCACCCACUUCUCCUGUUGUGCUUAAUGUUCUCCCUGGUGUAGAAUAACCUGAAAACACGACAGGCACUGCCCCGCCUCCUCAGACAACCACACAAGUAACAUUUACAAUAACACAAAUUAUAAACACACACAUUACCAGUGUACCUUAUCCACUUAUAUACACAUAUUAUAUAUAUAUGUACAUACAAUACGAAUAAUCAUUGUGAUGAUAGACAUGGAUAUAUUAUUUCCCUCAGUAAACAAUUCAGAACUGAAUAUUCACCACAUUGAGUGUAUAUUCUUACCCUUUGUCUCCCAAUUCUAAAAAGGGUCUGUCCCCUGCAAUGUUAUCUGGUAGGGUUGCUUGGUUUUGUAACAUUUCUGCAUAUGGAAAGCCUUGAAAGUCUUCAUGAUUAGAAAAAAACACGAAAGCAUUUGUAGCUUUCUUCAUAAAUAAAUGUCCUGAUAUUUCCAAAACUGUAAAUCCAUUUUUUAGUAUUUCUUCACUGUUGAAAAUCUUCAUUAAUGUAAAAGACACAAAGAAAAACAAAGAUGUAACAAAACAAAAAAAAAGCCCUUCUUUGAGUGGAAACAUUUCAGUGACCAAUGCUUAAAGUUGUGCAUUUGUUAGCAUGACCAAAAUAUCGGCAAUGGAAAAAAUCUACCUCACUUACAAUUCUUCAGGUUCUGCUGAACGAUUUCAAGUUCGUUUCUGUAAGACUGAAACCCAGCUUGGAAAUGGUGUAACCAGCAUGGCAUCAGCACCGGAUCCGAGAAAACAUGGGUCCAAACAAGACGACAUCACAAGCACCGAACAACCUGCAAGCGUCCCCCCUGCACAGCCCGAACUGACCAUGUCUCAGCCCUUCAAACAUCAGCAGCCUCUGCCCUGCAUCGUCACCACAUCCGUGGAUGGCGGUGAGGAUGCGGAGAAGGAUACAGUAAUGCUUGUUGCUGGUGAGGCAAUGGGGAGCAUUGGUGCAGCGACGGCUGAAGGGGUAGGGCAUUCUGUGUCACUGGAAGCUGCGACAACAGCAGCAGCAACAGCAACAGCAGCAGCAGCAGCAGCAGUAGCAGCAGCAAGCACAUCAACAACAAGUGUCUCAUCAUCAACACCAACAAUAGUGAAACGAAACACUGAAAGAAUGACAACAACAUCAGGAACGAUGACACCAACAACAACAACAUCAACAACAGCUGGUCCACAACAACGACCCUCAAGAGUAGACCAAGUGGAGGCACAAAGAAGCAGUACAUCAUCCGACCAGACCUCACCCAAACGGAACAGUGCCCACAUUAUGGAAUUCUUUGAGGAACAGGAGAAAUCUUUCCAAGAACACUUUCGAACCCUGCCUGUACCAAUUAAAGUGAAAAAACACCGAUCUCCAAGUCCUAGCAUGAUGAGGCAAAGUGUUGGCCUCGAUCAUUUAGACAACUUGGUUCGGUUAAUGGAGCAACUCACUACCUUACGAGAUGAAAACAACAGACUCAAGAAAAAAUGCGCCUACCUAGAAAGCACAAAAUAUCUUCUCCAAGUGAGGAGCGAUAUGUCUGAAGACGAAGCACCUCUGGGUUAUAUGUCCCUCCCAACUAAAUCGAAACAGAAGCAACAGAAGGCCAUGAAAGACUCUAGAGAAGCGGUGUUCCCAGCAGCCGCAUCAGACUCACCUCGGCACCGACUAUCAAGUGGAGACAGUUCUCAACACAUAGAAAUCAUUGAAACCGCCUCUGAUCAAACACCGAAGCGACCCAAGACAGCUAAACUGUAUAAGCGAAGUUUCUCAACUGGUUCUUUAGAAAUACCAUCCGACGUAAUUGAACAAGCUAAUUCCGAAGAGAUGACCAGAGUUAUAGUUAGCGACUAUAACGGCAAAGAUUCGAAAUCUGGAUCAAAGUCGCCCGGCUCUAAGAAAAAAUCAUGUAAGUUCUCAAAAUGGGCCCGUGUUAAGAAAAUCCUAACUGGACAGAAGACGACUGUUGACGACUCUGACAUGACGAGGAAAUCCUUAAAAGACUUGGGAAAAGGCAGCAGCCAAUUACCGCAGCAGUCUGAGAGUAGCACUCAAGAACUGACUGUUCCAAUAGUUGGCCUGACUGAAACCCGUUCUAUGGACAGUGGGGUUAGUAGUGGCGUCGAUGGAGAUGGUAGGGAAGGUGUGAGGACAUCCACUUCUUCUGGUGGUCCUCCCAGUCCAUCAGCGUUGACGAAAGGCGCACCAGCUGAUGCUUUGGACACUGGCACGGAGUGGUGGCGGUGGAGUGAAAAGACAAAACACACGAGUGUCAGCAAAGCAGCCGACAGUCAGGGCCAGUACCUGAAUGUGAAAGUGCUGGUGCGGCGCCAGUCAAGUCCAUCAUUGGUCGCCGAAGGAGGGGAAGAGAGUGACAAAACCGUUGAUGGAGAUGGUAGUUCUCCACGCCUCCAUCGAUCGGCGAGCUACAAAAUACCGGGCAAAGGGGAAGAGCCGGGCUCCAGGGAAAGGAAAAUGCAUAAAACGGCAUGGGGAAGGGUAAAAGGCAUGAUCCACACAAAAAAGGACAGUGUUAAGAAAAAACACAAAAAGUCAGAGAAAGCAAUUCCAGCGGAAGAACCUUCGGAAACGGACACGGAAACAGAGUGUUUCAGUUACAGCUCUCCGAAACUGUCGGAACUGGCCAAGAAACAACUGAAAACUGGCUCUGAGAGUAAACCUAGCACACCACAACUUUCACCAUCCUUAUUUCACCAACAGAGCUCCAUCAAAUCGUCUGGCAGCGAAUCAUCCAAAUCGAAACACAGUUCUGCCAGGAAGAAGCUUCCACAUAGCGGUAAGGUGGAUGUGGAGGCUUUAGUAGGUGGAAUGACAGAGGACUUUACGAAAAAGAUGAAACAAUGGGAAGAAUUAAAGUGUAUGCAGGCCACAGGGUUCGCCAAAGGUCCUGUGGAGCUGAGUGGAAGCACCAUCCAACCAAUAUUGAAGGAUGCAACAAAAAAGACUGUUGAGUGGGAGCAAACCAAAGGCAAAGGCCAUGGCCCAGUUCAGAAGCUGAAAUGGGAGUCUGGUAGUUUAAGCGAAAAAGUAACCGACGGGGCUGCCUCUCCCUCUCCUUCGCCUUCUCCUUCUUCCACUGAUGCUAAGACCGCAAUCACAACCACAACACCAACCACCACCACGACUGCUAGCACCACUAGCAUUUCUAGUAUUGGUACAACAACAUCAAUGACCACUACUACAACAACCACCCCCAGUUCCAUGGCAAUGACGUCUGCUAGUACCAGUCCUGCCAUGACACCCUCACCGGUCAACGUGGAUGAGCUACAACGCAACCUGACUGAGAGCUUCUCUCGGAAGAUUCAGGAAUGGGAAAGCAUUAAAUAUCGGAAGGAGGGCAGCCCCUUGUUGUCAUCCAGCUCAAGAAGCCGAAAAGAAGGCAAGUCUAAACUCAAGAAGUCGAAAUCCGAAAAAGAAAAGGACAAAGAGAAAGAGAAAAGUUCCAAGUCUGAGAAAAGUAAAGGAAAAGAUGGUGAGAAAUGCAAGAAAGGGUCCGUCUCUGCUGAAAAGGGUCGCCAGAGGCGGUCAACGAGCAAAAGUGAAAAGGAGCAGGCUGGUCAGCUUGACUUCGAUCCUAAGCUGGCCGGUACAAUGCUCGGACCAUUGGCGGAAUACAAGAUCACCGAUGAGUUUGCACACAAACUGUACGAGUGGGAGGAAAUGAAAGGCUUGUCCCACGAGCUCUCCGCCGCUGUCUUCCAGGUGUGUUCGUCACCAUUGAUGACGACAUCUACACCCCAACAACAACCACCAUCAUCAUCACAACCAUCUUCUGCUGCUGGGCCCCCAACGGCUGCCAUCACCUCAACAACAACAACCACAACUACUGCUGCUGCUGCUGCUGUUGCUGCUGUUGUUGUUUCUGCCACACCGGCCGAAGAUGAAAUGCCACGGGGCAAGCAGCAGAAACAGAAGCCCAGCCCACGAAUCCUGUUGUUGUUGUUGUUGUUACUAUUAUUAUUACAUUUACCAGUUCGAUUCAGGAAAGAAAUGUUAUUAAGUAAGAAACCGACGGGAAAACUGCGAGAACAAGAAAGUGGUGCCCUCUACAAUACACUGCAGAAGCUGGAAGGUAAAAUUCAGGAACUGGAAAAUUCCGGAGAAAAGCUCCAAUUGUCUAUGGAAAGUGCUGCGAUGUGUAAGUUACUGAGUAUGGAGGGUGAAGAAAACAUCAGCUCUCGCCUCGUGGAACUCAUGGAACAGAUGAAGUUUAUGCUGGCAAAGGCUUCUCAAGAAGAAGAAGUUUCUAAGAAGUCUUCGGCAUUGAGCAAUUUUGAAAAGUUUUACUGCCAUGCAAUGCAGUUGCAAAUACAGAUGAAUAACCUGCGCUUGAGUCAUCUGGAGCGUAACAAGGAGAUUAUGGAGAUGAAGAGACAACUGCUUUUGCAGGAAGUGAACAACCUCCUGUUGCAGGCUGACAUUACACGGCGAGAGUCAGAAUUGUACCAGUUCCAAGAGGCGAGACGUACGUCGCAGCUGAAACGAUGGAACACUUACCAUGGAGGAACAGAGCAAAGGCCACGAGUGGUGCGUUACGCAGCUUUGCUGCUGUUGGUGUUGCUCUUGUUGUUGUUCUUGUUGAUGUUGGUGUUGACGGUGAUGCUGUUGGCAACAGUAGCUACUAUGGCUGUGUUGGCAGCAGUUGUAGUGGCAAGGGUGAACACGGAAGGCCUAUUGCUCUCGCUCUGUCUCUUUCUCUCUCUCUCUCUUUAUCUUGUCAUUAGUCUUCUAAUAUGUCUGGCUUUCUACCUGACAGUCCAAAUAAAAGAUAAAAGAAAAUCAAUAAGUAAGCAGACAGACAGACAGACACAAACCUUUCUCAAAAAGAACCCCCCAAAAAUACCCAAAAGAAACAAAUUUGUGAAAUUUUUCCUAAUUUUCUCUUUCUUUCUCUUUUUCUCACCUGUUAUUCUCUUUCUUUUUUUUCUGGGCUUUUUCUUCUCUUUUCAUUCACCUUCGUCUCCUCCACCGUUCGUUGUUCAGGCGAAUCGCAGAGAAUGUGAAGCCUCGCCUCCGUUCCAUCGUUUUGUCAGCAUGAAAGAAAGAAGUAAGGAGCUAUACAGGGAUGCUGACUUGCAGUCGACGCGAGAAACAUCUCUACCAGACACCUUUGAACAAGGAGGAUUGAAAUACAGCCGUGCUGGUAGUUUGACUGAAAUUCGAUUUGAUCCUAAAUCUGCCAUGGGUCACAUCAAUGGAUCUGGUCCUCAGCUACAGUAUAGAUCCAGUUCCACCCCUUUUAUGGAUUCCUUGGUGCCCAGUAUGGAACAAACUCCAAUAAGAAUGGCACCAGAAGGGGAAACACAUCGCACCAGCUUCAUCUCAACACUUUCACCGAGUGAUGCAGAACUGAUAUCAAGAAUUCCCGAUGGUGCAUCUCAGGAGAUUGAACCCAUCACCACUCCAGCCACAAUCAGUCACGACAUCCAUGAUCCGGAUCAAUCUCGUUUACAAAUUUCUUUCACUAUUUCUCUUCCGACAAUGAACGUGCAAAUCCCCCAAACGGUCACUACAUCCCCACAUGAGACCAGCUCCAUCAGCUCGCAGUGCAUGUUAUGCAAAACAGCUUCGGUUCAAAGACAUGUGAGUGGCACUGCAGCCAUCGACACAAUGACGGAACCAACUACAGCAGGUCUUGGUGCCAGCACAAGCGAACAGAUUGGCAAAUUUCACCAGGGUGAGACACUUGCUGAUUGGUUGAAGAGAGAACCGAAAUGUCCACAACUCCUCCUUCCAGAAUGUCCUCACAGUAAAGAUAUCAUUGCUGUACAACAAUCAAUGUUUGGUGAAGAACUGCCAACCGAAACGUCAUCUCUGGAAGAAGGGGAAACAAGUAAACAAAAAGGAUCAUCAUCCCCGUACUUCAAACCAACCGUUAAAAGCAAAGCAGCCCCGGUAUGCAAGGAUCAGUCGAAAAGCCAGACAUAUCCCCGCCAACCAACUGAAGGACAACAAAGCUCUCCUAAUGUGCCCUUCACAGCUCAAGCUGAGAAAUCAGACAAGAAAUCAUCAACAUUUACAGAAGAUCUUCCGUCAAGCUCUGACAAAAAAACACACCAUUAUCCACAAACGGAAGACAGGAAAAUAAAGUCAGGUAAAAGUCCAAAAAUAGAAAAACCAGGAUCUUCCCCCGAGAGUCCAGCAUUAAGACUCUCACAAACUUUGAGUCCAACAGGACCAAAUGUGGCAUCUCCUCCACAAGUCGGAGUUGUGUCUCCAAUACGAAGACUCAAGCCGGCCACAGAAUUACUUGAGGAAUGCCAGAAAUACAGAUUGGGACAUUUAGCCUAUCAUACACGAGGCUAUCUCAGAGGUGCUCGUAUAGAUGACCCGAGUAAAAAGGUCGCCGAGGAAAUGAGUGCAAAGAGGCUGGAAAAAGAGAACAUAUCUGAAGGUUAUGUCGAAGUCGUUGCCAAAAGGCUUUCUGGAGAAGGAAUGCCAGCGCAGAGUCUUGGGUCAAGUGAGUGCACACCGAAAGCAGGGUCAGUCAUCUCAUUACAUUCUUCUGAUUCACCACGUUCACUGACCAAAUUUGGCUCUCACAUCCUAUACAACAUACCGAGUGGUCAAGCUGAACUUCAUCCGCAACAGAAACUGUCGUCCUGGGUUGAAGCAGAAACUGAACCAGGAAAAGAGCAACCAGUUGAGCGUGCUGCUGCAGCUGGAGUCACCUAUCGAAAGAAAGCGGACGGAGCUCAGGAGGAAGUGCCAUCGGCAUUGUUGACUACUCGGAGAAGGUCUUUGGAAGUGUCAAGGUCAAGUGAAUCCCAGAUUGAACUUCAAUCCUACAGCAGGUCAUCGAUGAACCUAGAUGGUAGGUCGCCAAAAGAAGGCAAACCAGAUUCAACUAUAAGUGUAUCCAAUUCUUUUUCGCUGCCUGUCUUAUCUUCUGGUGAGGCACAGGGGAACGGUGCCGCGAGCAGAUCAGCAACUUGCAGUGCACUAAGUGAGAUAUUAUCAGAGGAUCCGGCAAAAACUCCUCAACAGCCAUCAUCGAAAGAGGUGCCAUCAAUCAAGCAAAUAGGAGGCUCGAUAUUCUAUGUAGGUUCGCUGGAAUCCAGUCUGCCGGACAUUUCAGAAAGUGUGGUGGAGAAAAGCUCAAAAAAGAAAGGUCACCGAAAACAGCGAACCAAGGUCGGACAACCGGUGGCACCACCACCACCACUACCACCACCACAACCCUCCUCUAGCAGACGAACAGGCAAAACUAAAAAGGGGACCAUUGGAGAGCUUUGUAUGCAAAGUAUGACCUUUGACCUCGGCAUAUCAACUACAACAGCAAUGCCGAAAGGGUCAGCGGGAGAGAAAAAAGGGGAUGAGGCUGAAGAGUUUAGUCUACAACAGAGGGAAGAAGGGGCUGCUGCUUGCAAAGGCCCCCCAGAAACUGAAGAAGUCAUCGUUUCUGAGGAUGAGGAAAGUUUAACAAGUCUCCAGUCGAGCGACAAAAGAAAACCACGAAGUCGAUUCUUCGAUUCCAACUGGUUUUGCAAGUCAAAGAAAUUAUUCAAAGUUUCAAAGUGAGAAAACCCAGAUUAUGAAACUGCCAUCUCUACUCAGGUGUCUCUCACAAUGGAAGAUUUCAACAGAAGCUUGGAGAAAUUCCAGCAGGCAGUCACACAUUGUCAUCGGUGACUAGCGAAGAAAGGGGCCAGUGUUUUGGUGAAAGAAAGGGAAAAAAACAAAAACAAAAAAUAAAGGUCCACUGCUUGGUUUUGGUGACAUUCCAUUGGGGUCAGUGAUACGAACGGCUGCAAAGCAAGGGAGGCAACUCAAUUGCGCCUUGCACGCUGCAUCUGAUCUCGGAUCCUCUUUUUGCUUCGUACAGCCAAGACGUAGCCAUAAGGAGAGAAAAAUUAGCACCGCCUGAACACCCACCACCCCUUAAAUCCCCCCCAACCCCCUUCACACACAAACAUACAC